CACACACAUUUCGCUUUUUUUUAUUAUUAUUUAUUCAUUUGCAGGAAUAGAAAUUAAUUCAUAAUCGAUAUUCAGUAUAAUUACAUUUAGUCGAAACACUCCUCAAAUUGAUGAAAACUCUGAGCCAACCAAAUGCGACUUUUCUGAACCUAAAGAAUGGAAGGAUGCUUCUUCUCUGAAGUUAGAAGCUGUGUUUUUAUUGGUCUGAAGUAACUUGCUGCUCCUUUUGAUUUCAUUUAUUGUUGAAGUUAGAUAUACUGGUUGACUGGUGAAGGCGCCGGCAAUUGAAUUUUCUUCCUUUUGUUGUUGUUUUUUCAAAAUUAAAUAAUGGCCGAGAAUUGGAAGUUGACCAGUGGAAGCUCAGAAGAGAGUUUGCCUCUUUCCCAGGAAACUUUUAACAGUUUAUGGAGUAUGAUGGGUUUACCAGGUAGAGAAGAAAUGUUAGCUGGUUUUAAUGCAGGCAGUGGGGGGCCAUCCGAGCUUUCUCCUGUUCCUGCAGUUCAACCUCAACCCCCAGAUGGUGCACAUGUACCUCGCAUACGUUCUUCUUUACCAGCUACCUCAAAUUGGCAUGGUAACUAUGGUUUCAAGUUACUGUUUGGACACCAAGAAAAAGUUAACAAACAUAUCACUUGGACGUAUUCUCAGGUUGACAACAAAUUAUAUGUACGAAAAGAUGCUGUUUGCCCUUUCAGUUUUCAAACCAACACGUUGAUGCCAGAUGAUGUCUUUGUGCGUGCUAUGGCUGUCUACAGCUCUCCAGAGCAUGCAUCAGUAGUCGUAACUCGUUGCGUUAAUCAUUCACAGAAAGAAAUAUUAGAGGGAAAAAGAGAAGCUGAGCAUCUCAUUCGCUCUGACAGUCAUUUAGCACAAUAUGAAAUUGAUGUAGAAACUAAACGUCAUAGUGUGGUUGUACCAUUUGAAAAUCCACCAGUUGGUCAGAGUUACUCAACCUACAUCUUUCGAUUUGUCUGCUUUAGUUCAUGUUCUGGUGGUCCAAAUCGCAGACCUUUGACUUUGGUGUUCACUUUAGAACAUGGGACCAAUGUGCUAGGACGGAUAGCUUUAGACUUAAAGAUUUGUGCUUGUCCUGGACGUGAUCGGGACCUUGCUGAAAGAGAGAAGUUGCCUGUGUCUUCGAUUUCUGCUCCACCUCCAAAGAAGAUGAAAGUGCACGACUCUAGCAAUACUUCAGAUUGUCAGAACAUAAGCAAAAAUUCUAAAGAGAAAAGGUCUGGAGAGAAGAAAGAAUUCAUCAUUAAAGUCAAGGAUAGAGAAUGCUACUUAUUUUUAUCAAAAAUGAAAUUAUUGUAUAAAACUUACAAAACAGUUGGUGGGCUUUCUCCUGAAUGUAGAGCUCUCCUUCAUAUUUUGAGAAGCAGCAGUGAUGAAGAUGAAAAACCAUUUGGUUCUCCUACUCAUAUCUUGGGAUUAGAUGGCCCAUGAAAGGAAAUGUUGAAUUUUAAAUCAUCUUCUCGCAUUCUAUAUUAUUUACACUUGUUUUUUUUUUUUUUUUUUUAACACAUAGAUCCUUUUACCUUUGGUAAAUGUUUUUUUAGGGUGAAGGGUAUAUUUUAAAUUUCAGUUAUUAAAAACAUCUGCAUUUUAUAUUAUAUGUUGUUAACUACAUUCUUCAGAAUUAAAAAUUUGCUCAAGGACCUUUUGUUUCCAAAUAAAGUAGUUCCUGUUUUAUUAUAAUGGCAGAUGCUCAUUGGAGGGAGAAGCCAAAUGUAUGUGAUGCUAGUGUAAACAUGUGAAGGAAUGUAAAUAAUAAUUUGAGUCAAUUUGUUUUGAUAUGCUAUGAUUUUGUUUUAGUAACUGUAAUAUUUUCUAGGGAAAUGAAAUUGCUGUAGAGAUAGAAAUGGGGAUAGUUCUUUUUUGAAAUUCUUUUAUAAGAUCUCGUACAAAAAGUGACUGAUGGAUGGGAAUUGAUAUCUUGUUUUGUUUAUCUUAAUUUAAAAAUUUUGCUAAUUGAAAAUAUAUAGUUUCUCUAUAUUCUAAUAAAGCAGGAAAUGAAAGUUUAGAGUAGAAAUUUCAUGAUUGUUAUUCUUAAAUUACAGCAAUAGUUUCUCAAUUUUAUUUUGUUUGUAAGUAAUUAAUAUCUUGAUAUUUCAUUCAUGUCAUUAUUAGCUGAUUUUACUAAAAUUUAUGAAUAAGAAAUUGUAUUUUUUAAAAUUUUGGAUAAGAGAUUUGAUUUUAUAUGAUACGAUAACUGUAAAUUUUUGUGUUUUUUUAUUGCAUCAUAUCUGCUGAUUUGCUAUGUAUAUGUGCAUUAUUUUAUUUUAUUUCUUAUGAACUAGCAGUUUGAACAAUUUUGUAGAAUUAGUUAAUUUUGGAACAUCUUAAGAAGUUAACUUUUUAUAUAUUAACAUUGCACCAUUAACUUAUUAAAAAAUGUAAAACAAGUUAAAGUAAAGGUUAAUUCCUUUGUAACAAUCUAAAGUUUGUUCUGUUAUUCUUAGAAGCUUGAGAAAGAAUUCAUGUUGCUUGUUCUUAAGAAAUGCAGAGUACUUAUAGCUCAUAUAACUGCCAUUGUUGAAAUCUGAGAGAAAGGCAAUAAUAUUUUUAGUGACAAUUUCAUUUAUUUAGAUACGAAGUCAUUCAAGGUUUUAAAGAAAAAUUGUUGAUUGAAUAUUUGUUAGUGUAUAGAAUUGACUGAAAUUGUCAAUUCAUUUCUAUUGUGAGUAAUAUAUAACUUAAUUGAAUUUUUACUUCUGUUCUUUUGCUUUGAUCAUUAGAAGUGCUUGUAAAUGAUAGCCAUCUGUUAUGACUAAUGUAUGCUUUUAACCGAAAUGAAAUAAGCUUAAGGUUACACAGUCCCCUUUUUCAAAAUUUUUUUCUAGGAACAGUAUUUAUGAUUUUUUUUCAGAUUAUAUUAUUGCAUUGAUUCUGAUAAAAAAAAAUUGACAAUUUUCUAGCACUAUUAUUUUAAAAUUUUUUAAAAAAAAUGAAAAUUUUUAAACUUUUAUGAAAUGUUUAAUUUUAAAUGUUUUUAAUUAAUUAAAGUAAUUUAAUAGUUUUUUAUAACUUAACCGCCCCCCCUCCCCCCAAAAUGAAAAUUUUUAAAUAAUAACUUUUACAUUUAAAAAAUAAAUUAACUAAAAUUCUCACAGCUAAACUAAUAAUAAUUCUUAUAAUACGUAUAUAUGAAAGCAUCUAUAAAAUUUUUUUAAGCCACUAUCUUUGGGGGGGGGGGCAACUCUUAGGGAAUAGAAAAUAAGUGCAUCAGCAAAAAUAAACACAAGAGAAAAAUACAUUUAAAGUUGUAAAUUAGAAAUUAAUAAUGCUUUUGGAACUUUUAAUUUUUUAAUAUUCUGUUUCUCAACCUAUAGUAUGUACAAAAACAUUAAACUAAAACUGAUUCUAAAGAUUUUUUCUUGUUCAAAACUUUCUUUGUAACUUUACUCACCAAAAAUAUGAAGAAUUUAAAAAUAUUAAGUUUGACAUUUUUAUUAAAAAAAUGAAUGAAAUUCUCAGAUAUAAAACCCCAUAUUCAUAUCCUCCAACAGCCACGAAAUUCCUGUAGUUGCUAUGGAAGUUAGGUGGAAACUAUGGAGUUACAGAUAUAUAAUGAAACAACAAAAAUAAGUGAGAAAAAUGCAUGUAAUGUUUGUAAAGUUAUGAAAAGGGACUAAUAAUGCUUUUGAGGUUAAUGUUAUUUCCUAAUCUAUAAAAUGCACAAAACACUAUUUUAAUUAAAAUUGAUUUUAUAGAUUUUUUUUCUUAUUCAAAAUUGCGAUUGCCCAAUAUAUUACUGUCACUGAACAACAUAUUAUUCAGCUGAAUCAGAACUUAAUAUUUUCGUAAAAGUUUUGAGAAGAAUACAUGCAUAGAAAAUAAUAAACACUUACACAAGUAAUAAUAAUAGAAAUAACCAGAUAAAUAUAAUCAUAAAUAAUGCCUUCUAAAUUUUUCUCAGUUUUAAAUCAAUGCAAUUUAGCUGGUUUGAUUUUUUUCUCCGCCACUUUAUAUUUCACUAAUUUUGUUUUAUUUCGAAAAAAAUUCUCUUGUGAAUCAGUGUAUUUAGCUAAAUAUUUUGAUAUGUAUCAAAAUUUGAUUUGAUGUGUACUGCAAAUUCUGUUGAUUUUCAGAAAUUUUAUUAUUUUUGCUAAUCUGCCAUCUCUUGAAUCUCUGCCAUCUUUAAAAACUGGAGAGUGUUUUUAGAACAUAACUGUAAUUUGUGCAUUUCAAAGGAUUUGUACUUUUUUACAAAUCUUGAAAUAAAAUGCAGUGAAUGAGGGAAAAUGAAUAAGGGAAAUAAAAUAUCUAAAUAGAAAUAAAAUAAGAUCUAGGUAUAAAUUUUGAUAUCAAUAAUUUUUCUGUAUAAUACAUGUUAUAUUUCAGUUGCUAGGAAAUAUUUUUUGAGAUUUUUCGAUGUAAAAUCUUAUUUGGUACUUUUUAAUAUAUUUUUGAAAUAAACCUUUCAUCUCAAAGUAUAAAAUAGGUAUUUGAAAUGUAUAUUUUUUAUGAUUGCAGUCAUUGGAUUAAAUGUUUCCCUUUACCAGUCAAGUUUUAAAUAACUGUGUAUCUGUAGGGAAUUUUUUUACUAUGCAUUUGUUACUAUUUAUAAAAUAUAGUUUUUCAGCUGGCCUGAAAAACUAUCUAUAUUUUUCAUCUUUUUUUAAAUGCCAUGUUUUUUGUAAAUAUAUUUUUACAAUUAUUUCUUUUAAAGAGUGGGAGAAGUUUUGACAUUUCCUGUGCCUUAUCUUGUUCAUGAUUUAAGUUUUGUGAUUUUAUGAAUGCAUGAAAUUUUUAGAAAACAGUUGAUGUUUUUGAUUGGUCAUCAAUCUUUCUUCCAAAGUAUGAUCAAAGUUCUCUAUGCCAACUACAUUUUUUUCUUCUUUAUUUUAAGAAUAGUUUUAUUUCUCUUUUUAUUAUUUUUUUUGUAGUGUAACUGGUAUAUAUUUUCUUUUCAGGGUAGUACCUGAAGUACAAACAUUUGUAGUUAUUAUAAUAUUUUUUAUUUGUAUGCUUUAUCUUUCUUGUUUAUAAGAUAGUGUACUUUUUGUGAUGUUUGUCAUUUUAUGUACUUCAUAUUUGUGCCA